AUGAAAGUGAUCGUGCACGUGAGGGAGAAGGUGGUGCAGGUGCAGUGUGGUCCAGGAACGCAACGACUCAAAUGGCUGGGCCACGUUGGCAUAGCUCGAUAUGACAACAACAACGGCAUGGAGCUAGGUACGCCGAAGGCUAUAAAGGGUGAAGACGGGUCGGUGCUGGACAUGAACGGCAUCGUUCGCGAUGUGCUCAAGGAGGACGCUCACGUGUGGGUCCUCAUUCGAGAUGACGAAGUGCUGCCUGAUAUGUGA